CUGUUUCCGCUUCCGCCAGGGGCCGGAAGUUAGCGUCUCCCGGGUGAAGCGGCCUUAGCUGCAAGGCAGAGCUGGGACAGGUUUCAUCCCCUUGCAGCCAUGGGACGAAGGAAGUCCAAGCGGAAGCCACCCCCCAAGAAGAAGAUGACAGGCACCCUGGAGACACAGUUCACUUGCCCCUUCUGCAACCACGAGAAGUCCUGUGAUGUGAAAAUGGACCGUGCUCGCAACACUGGAGUCAUCUCCUGCACCGUGUGCCUAGAGGAAUUCCAGACCCCCAUCACAUAUCUGUCAGAACCAGUGGAUGUGUAUAGCGACUGGAUAGACGCCUGCGAGGCAGCCAAUCAGUAGCGAUGUCAAGGACCUGCCCCUCCGCAGCCCCCGACCUGGGCACCAAUCCAGAGACAUUCCAGGGCUCCAGGGUGUAGGUCCAGGGCUGUGAUGGCCCUCCCUCUGUGUAUAUGGAGUGGAUAUGAAUGAGUAGCCGUGUGUGUGGCUGCAGAUACGGCAGUAGGGGUGGCCCUGACUGCUUGCAGGUAGGGUGGAGGUGAGCCUCGCUGGGCCCCACAGCGCAGCGCUGGUGGCACUACAGAACCUCAUGCCUCACAUGACUCUGAAAGCCUCCAAGUUGCCCCUUUCUUAGCCCCACCCCUGCCCCAAACUUUAGAUUUCUGUCUUCUCUGGUGACAGUUUCCUGACAUCCCAGGCAGGGACUAGCUGAGGGACCUCCUCAGCCACCUCACCAGCACCUUGCCCUUGGGGAACUGGACUUUGUCCUUCCCAGCCUCAUCGUGCCUGUGGCCUAGGAGUCAAGGCAACUGACCUCCCCGGUGUUUGGCUGGGCUUUGCCAGGAAGCACCCUUUGCCUCUUCGUUUGCUUUUGUAGAAAAGGUAGGGGCUGGUUGGGGUACAGCUGUCACUCACAAGCCUGUCAAUAAAGCAGCCAGUGCAUACCAUG